GGCCACGCACUGGGCGCGGGGCGACGGGCGCCUGGGCCUCCGCCCCCGAGGUCUGAACUGCUGUUGCUGCGCCCGGCGACCCUCUCCGCCCGGCUCGUCGCAGCCCCCGCCUCCGCACCAUGGCUUUCGUCACCAGGCAGUUCGUGCGCGCCAUGUCCUCCUCGUCCGCCGCGUCGGCCGCAGCCAAGAAGAUCAUGGUCAAGCACGUGACGGUCAUCGGCGGCGGGCUGAUGGGCGCGGGCAUCGCGCAGGUUGCUGCAGCAACUGGCCACACAGUGGUGUUGGUGGAUCAGACGGAGGACAUCCUGGCAAAAUCGAGAAAGGGAAUUGAGGAAAGCCUUAGGAGAGUGGCCAAGAAGAAGUUUGCAGAAAACCCCAAGGCUGGUGAUGAAUUUGUGGAUAAGACCCUGAGCAGCAUAUCGACCAGCACCGACGCAGCGUCUGUGGUCCACAGCACGGACCUGGUGGUGGAGGCCAUCGUAGAGAAUCUGAAGGUGAAGACCGAGCUCUUCACGAGGCUGGACAAGUUUGCCGCUGAACACACAAUCUUUGCCAGCAACACUUCCUCUUUGCAGAUUACAAGCAUAGCCAACGCCACCACCAGACAGGACCGAUUCGCCGGGCUCCAUUUCUUCAACCCAGUGCCCUUGAUGAAGCUUGUGGAGGUCAUUAAAACGCCCAUGACCAGCCAGAAGACUUUUGAAUCUCUCAUCGACUUCAGCAGAUCCCUGGGGAAGCAUCCUGUUUCUUGCAAGGACACGCCUGGGUUCAUUGUGAACCGCCUCCUUGUGCCAUACCUCCUGGAAGCGGUCAGGCUGUAUGAACGAGGUGACGCAUCCAAGGAGGACAUCGACACGGCUAUGAAGUUGGGUGCCGGGUACCCCAUGGGCCCAUUUGAACUUCUCGAUUACAUUGGGCUGGAUACCACAAAGUUCAUCUUGGACGGGUGGCAUGAAAUGGAUGCAAAGAACCCCUUGUUCCAGCCCAGCUCGUCCCUGGAUAAGCUGGUGGCGGAGAACAAGUUUGGCAAGAAGACUGGAGAAGGAUAUUACAAAUACAAGUGAUGCGCAGCUUCUCUGGCUCCUGGAGGAACCCUGGAGCGCCAGCAGCCCUCGGGUGCCCAGGAGCACCCUUGGGUCAGAGUUUCCCUCCCAUGGCACAGUCUGUCCUGUGUGCAUCUUGAUUGUAAUCUCUCUGAAGUAAUUAUUUACACUAGUUACAGUAACGGCAGAUUUCUCCAUUGAGAACGAAUUCCCUUUUUUAGUCUGUUUGUUUCUGUGUAUUUUCUAAAAAGCUUUACACCCUUGGUGCCUUGGAGCAAAUAUUUCUUCUGAACCUUGUCAUUUUCGUGAAUAAUUGCCUGAAUUCGUUCCCUUGUGAAGGGAAGCACUUCCUCCGGGGGCAUGCUGUGUCCAUCUCUGCUCGCAGCAGUGUCGAGAGCCAUCGCGUGUGUAUCUGAGGCGCUGCCAUGAGCAGCUCUGGCCCGGGCCUGCGCCACCACUGGCUCCUGCUGCUUCAGGCCUGGCCCUGCCUGCCGGGGGUGACGUGAGAUGUCGCGUCCUUCUCCAGCUCAUCCUCAAGACGCUGCUGCCAGAGUGGGGGGACCAUCUCCCGUGCCUGGUCUGCAGGAAGAGGUUUCAUUCACACCUGAAAUCUGAAUGACGACUGUCUGUCUCUCUUUUUUCCGUGACAAAUCAUUGAUGCAAGCUGCCUGUAAAUCGACUCUAAUGAAAUGCAGUCUUUUAACCUAUGAAAAUUUGAAUCGAAAUAAACACAUGUAUAAUUUAAAA